AUGGGUUUUACGGAUCGGGUCCGUAUCGACGUGGUGCGGAGUGGGAAAAUGUGUUGCGCGUUGAACCAAAAAAACGAGCAGUCUCCUCCGAUAAUCAAGGGAUUUGAGAAAAAUGCAGUGACGACUCCGAAAAUAUCAAGCACAACAGACCGGAAUGAGUCUGCUACGCAGAGGAAGAUCAAGCAGCAAUACGAUCAUCUUGUUAAGUGCAAUAGUGCUAAAGGAUUGACCUUGGCUCAGGUUGGGGAGUUUGCUAACUGUUUGAUAGAAACCAAAAAUGAAUUGCAGAACAAGUCGGAGAUAAUCAAGCGUAAAUUUUCAAUAACAAAAGAUCUUCUAUUCAAGGCUGAUAGAUCUUCCUUUGUUUUUGUGUGUGUGUGUGUUUGUAUGUUUCUUUUAGGAAAAAAUGUAAUGUUUGUAUCUCAACAGAUCUACAAGCUGGAGAUGGAACGAAAAAAAGUAGAAGAAGAUGCACUUGUAUAUAACUGGCUCCAACAACAACUAAAACUUUCACCUACAUACAAAAAGGUUCUUGAGAUAAGCGCUUCCAUGGAAUUGAAAGAGAAAUCAAGUACAGAGUUAGACAAUGAAGAUGAUGAAUUUUCAGACAUCUCCUUCGAAGAGCUACUGGAACAGGAGAAGAAAGACUCCUUUUGGUUAGUAACUCUCUCUCUCGCUCUCUCAAACUUAUUAGUAAACCAAAACUACUUGCUCACCAGCCUUUCAAAAUAA